AUUUGCACCGAUUCCGUCAAAAACCGUGCAGUGGCGCUGGUGUCCAUCGUUAUUUACUUUGUUAUUGUCAAUCUUCGGUGUCGUCACAUAUCAACUUCUUGUUUUAAUUUCUUUUCAUGGAUUCUAAGUGAAAUUGGCGCCGCUCUUUCCUGAUUUCCUUUGUUUUUUCAUCAGGAAACUGAAAAAUGGCAAGCGUGAAGAAAGAACCAACUGUGGAAGCAGCGCAGCGGCCCAUAAAAAAGGUUAGGCGUCGAUGUGGGCCUCUGGAGGCUCAUCAGGUCUUUGAUGCCAUUUCCUUCUGGACAUCAGACAUUAUGAGACAACAGGCAACUCAAGAGAGGAUCCAAACCUUCUUAAAGUCUAGAUAUCAACAUGACGAAGAAACUGUAAACCUGAUGCUGGAGAGGUGCUUGGAUGACAAGAUUAUUCUUCGGGAGAACAAGCAGUGCGUCAGAGGAAAGAUGACCGGAAAAAUGAUUGAUAUCCACGUUGUUGCUGUUGAUGUGCCUAGGGAUGGGUGGGACUGGUUUUGCUUUGAGUGCCACGGAAAGGGAUGCGUCUUUGGAUGCAAUUCGUGCCACCGAGUUUACCAUCAAGACUGCUUGCCUGAGGAAUUUAAAAAUGAUGUUGACAAUCUGAAAUGCCCAGUUUGCGUGGAGGUAGCAGCAGAGCUUGCUUCGACAAAUUACAACCGUGAAAUAUUGAACAAGUGUCUUGGUUUUGUCUGCGAAAGAGUCAAAUUCUUUGUGCCUGAGAAUGUUUUCCUCCGCAAAGUGAUUUCUGGUCCUUUGGUUCGAUCUACUAAUCCCACUUUGGUGGACGCUGAAGUCGAGCCUUACCGUGAAAAUCUUCUGCUCUUCAUGCCAAUGAGCAUUGAAAGGAUGGUUCAGAAAACUGUGGAUAAGGAGUACAAGACAGUUAUAGAAUUUGUUGCUGAUGCCAAAACCAUUCUACACAACGUUGCAGGGUACCACUUUGGCAACACUGCAAACGCCACAGCUGCAGUUCCUCCUCUGAAGAAUAUGUUAAAGGCUGUGGAACAUGAUGCAGUAGAAAUUAAAAACUGCAUGCAAUGCUUUGUCAACUCAAACGAGCAGCCAGAUAAUUGGUACUGCCUUCCUUGCGAGCCUCCUCACAAGCUCGUUUAUGCCAAGCAGAAGGGCUAUUGUUACUGGCCGGCCAAGGUUAUCAAGAAGAGAGAGGAAGGCAAAAAGGUCAAGUAUGACGUCCGCUUUUUUGGUGCCCCCUAUGAGAGGGCAGUGAUCGAGGAGGCCUUCGUGAAGCCGAUCAACACGCCCGUCACUUCCCUGAGCCUUAAGAGAACAGCCAAACUGAACUCUGCGCUCAACGAGCUUGCAAACCAUAUUGAGCAGAUGAAACAGCCAGAACCGAAAAUUGUGGUCAAAAGUGAAGCUCAACAUGACACUGCCAGUCCACCAAAGAAGAGGAUGAAGACUGCCAAAAAACAAGAGCAGAGUACAAAGACUGCAGUGGCUGAAAAAGUGGAACCACCAAAGGAAGAGGAAAAAACUGAACCUGAGCUGCCAGUCGAGGGCAAAACUGACAUGCCUCCAGAGUUAGAUUCAAACCGCAACUCCGUCACCUCAUCUGACAAUUGCAAAGUAACUGUGGAGGAGAGCUCUGAGGACGCCGUCUCGUCAAGCAACGCCACAAAUGGUGAAUGUUCGAGCGUCAACAAUGAAUGUCUCGAGCAGUUGCGCCAAAAACACAUCUCUGAAAUUGCCAAAAUUCAAUUAGCUCACUCCGAGGAGCUGAAAAAACUCAAAGAGGAUCACCGCUUGGAGAUUGAGCAAAUAAAUCAGCAGCACAAAAUCACAAUUGAAGAAACCAAAGCCAAAAUUUGGUGCUGCCAGUGCUUCGGAGAGGCCAUCCUCUACUGCUGUUGGCAGACUGCAUACUGCAGCAAAGAGUGCCAGCACAGGCACUGGAUGAGUGACCACAAACUCAAGUGCAGACGUAGUCGUUAACCUUUGUCGGCAAAGCCAGUCAUCUUGGAAGGAGAUCAAUCAAUCAAUCUAUCUUGGUAUAUUUUUUUUAGUCACAUUUGUUUUUUGUCGUUUCCUAUUCAUAAUUUUAGCCCACGCCAUGUGUUGUUGUUGCACUGAAUGUGAAAUUUCACGCAGUCAUUUUUUUAAUUCGAUCCUCAUUUUAAGCGUCAUUUUUGUGGGCAGCCAAAGAUUUUAAAAAGCGAUUUAUUUACUCAUUUAAAACGCGCCCCAAGUUUUGUUUGUCUCUAUGUUACAUUAUAGUCAAUGUGUUCGUUAAGUUCUCGUUUGUUUUGCCGGUUGUGAGAGCGAUGGGCAUUAUACAAUAUUUCCACUUUAGUGUGAUUUUUAUCAUGUAUCAGCACUUCUGGGAUAAUAAUUUUAAUGGCUCUUUUAGACGCGAGUCGUAUAUAUUCACUCUUUGUUUAUUGUAGUGAGUGUAUGUAUUUUGGGUCCAAUAUCGUUUAGGCUUAUGAGAUAUAUUUAUCCUUCUGACUCGAGAAUAGCAACCACAAAAUCCCUGGUUUCGGAAAAUGUGAAAUGGCCCAGCAAAGUCAGAGACCCUGAUUAAGAGAAUAGCAAAACAAUAAUAUUGCCUUAUAUUGCUGUUGUUGUCUAUUGACACAAAAAUCUUAUGAAAAACGCUAUCCAUUCUAACUCCCCAAUACUUUCUAAACAUUAGAGCUAGGCAGAAAAAUUUUUGAGUCCUCACAGGACAAAAAUUCUUGUAUCAAACGUUAUUGGUUUGCCUUAUAAAUAUUUUUAUCGUGAGUUGACGUUACUUUUCUCCCUAUUGUGGUGAAUUCUUUUGAACUAUUUCAUAAAUUAGCCUAAUUGUUUUAAAAAAAGAAAUAGAGACAAAUAUUCACUUCCACUUCUUCAGCACAAAGUAUCAUAUCAUAAUUUUUUAAACACUCAUGAAUAAUCAUAAUUGUUUUAUUGUUCAAGAUUUUAGCGAUUUGAUGUUACACAGAACGUGCAUAUUAUAUUUAUAAUUAUUCACGUUAAAUUUAUUUUUUAAGCAUAAAUAUUCUUGUUAAGUGUGUGGUGCAAAAUCCAGUCAUACAAACAUUAUUAUAGUGUGCUUUCUUUGUGUUGACGUGUAGAAGUUCCAAUGACAAUCAAAAGAAAAAUAACCAAGUUAGUCGUUUUGGAAUUCAAAUUUAAAAAUUUAAAAUAGCAAAAAAGCACCAUAUUUAUUAAUUGUUCUUUUUACAAAAUCAUAUCAAAAUUUUGCAACAGCUUGCAAAAUUAUUUUCGAGUACCAAAAGCCUACGACAACUUAAAAGUUUUAUAAUUAUGAAUUUUGCGGAAUUUUGAAAUUGGACCAUUUGUGCACCAAUGCCUGCAUAAAAUACCGAAUUGCCCUUAUAAUAUUACUGAAUAUUACAUAAAGUAUAGCCUUUGCAGAAAAAAAUAUGAGCUCUUGAUUGAGAGCCAUUUUAAAGUAAUAUACACCAUAUUAAUGCAGAACCUUAUGAAUAUACAAGCAGUUAUUAGAUAAAAAAAAACACAGUUACCAUAAUAUGAAAAAUAAUGUAUUUAUCUUUAUUGAAACCAAAUUCUAUAGAUGCUUAGAGAAGUAAUGAAUUAUAUUAAGUACCAAUUGCACGCAAUGCUUGUAGUGUGUUGUAUUGCAGAGUCAAUCAAAUAAAUAUUUUGAAACGUAAA